AAAUUCUGGUUACUAACUGGUGUGCACCAGUUUUUUUUAACUUCCAUUUUUAGAAAGAACAAAAAAAACUUUUUUCUUAAACUUCCAUGUCCCUUUAGGGUCUUUAUAAAAAUCCAAAGUGGAAAAAAAGGUGGCCAGAUUUGACCAUGUGGGUUCUUCAAGCUCAAUAUUCACUUUGUUUUGCAUGACUUGGAUUUACAUACGGGAAAAUAAGAUUAAAUAAUAUCUCUUCAAAAGAAAAAAAAUAGAAUAACAGCUGAGUAUUUAUUAAUUUAACACCCUGCUGACUUCAGAAUGAUCUUAAAUUAUCAGCUGACAGUCCUAGUACACAUGAUAAAAUAUGAUUAGUUCUUUCAAAUAUGUGCCAAGUAUUUUCUAGAAGUUUCUGUCUCUUUCAAAGCAGUUUUCAGUUGUGCGUUUCAGCAUUCAAUCAAUUGAGUGUGUGAGUUGUGUCAUUUUUUAAUUUUUUUCCUGUGCUGUCAAAAAAAAGAGGAAUUUCCUGUCUCAGUUUGUUCAGAGUCAGACUGUCCUGUUUUUCCUUGUCCACAGAAAUCAACAAACGGACCCAAAGCACCAGAACUGAAAGUCUGCCACAUGUGGCCUUCAUCUGGUGUGAAAAAGUUUUGAGGCGAGGGACGAAUGCAGAGAUGACCAGAUCCACCAAAUCUGCCUCGAGAUCUCGCAGCCCCUCUAGAUCCAGAUCCAGGUCCAGGUCCAGGUCCCGGUCCUCCUCUCAGUCCAGAAGUCGCUCCAGAUCCCGGUCCAGGAAGCGUCAUUACAGCUCCAGGUCUCGGUCAAGAUCUCACUCUCCGUUUCAUAACCGGGAAAAGAAAUACCCAAGGGCAUACCAACAACAGAACAACCGGGAAUUCCGGGGCUAUCACCGCGGCUUCCGAAGGCCAUACAAUUUCAGGGGUCGAGGACGGGGCCAGUUCCCCCGAGGACGCUAUCAGCGUGGAGGAGGCGGCUACAACAACAACAAUAACAACUAUCGGCCGAACUGGAAAAACUACAAACAGUACCCGCAGAAAUACCAGCAGUGGCAGCAGUAUCCACAGCAGCAGCAGCAGCAGUUUAACUUCCCACAGGGACGACCGCACAACAACCUGCAGAAUCGCUCAGGAACCCCCCCCCAGGGUCAAUCUCACCGCUCUGACAGAUCCUCCUCCCCUGUAUCCAGACACUCGCAUCAUUCUUCCUCCUCGUCACACUCCUCCCCUCCAAAAGCCAGGCCAGCCACGGUGCCGGCGCAGACCUCAGAAGACGUCAAAGAUGAGCAACUGACCUCAAAGCAGGUUCAAAAGGUCGGGGAGGAAGACGAGGAGCCGGAAGAGCCGAGUGUGGAGUUGUUAGAGGAGAACCCUGCAGACGGAGCAGGUAGUGGGAAAAGUGAUGGGAAGAAAAACUGUUUGGGGACCGGUUCUGUCGCUCAGAACAGCCACAGUCCCGGCCAGACCAGUAACACUAAGGUCUCAAAUGAUACAAGCAAUGGCGCCCCCGUGUGGCAGUCAGCUGGUGGCUCAUGCUCCACUAGGAAAGCCUCACAUGAAGGUCUGAACCCAAUGCUUUCCAGCUUUGACUUCUUCUCCACCGAGGAAUUUCAGGAGGAGGACAAGAAAGCAAUCUCCAUUGCAUUCAGGAAAUUUUUGGAGGAGCAAAGCAAGAAAGCCAACUCUGCUGUGGAAAACUCAAAGACGGAAGCAGAAGAUGGAGGUUUGGAAAAAGGAAAAGUAAACGGCAAAACGUCUGCAACCGUUUCCGACUCUGCUUCGGAAAAGUGCAGAGAAAAGACGAAAGGGGAUGUGUCUUUGAACAGCUUUUUAAAAACAUCCCCGUUUCUGUCCGCUGAAGGGGAGGAGGAAGACGAUGAGAUCCUCAAUAGGCCUUCUUUAAAGUUUCUCUUUAAAGACUUGCACAAUGGCGAUGAGUCCUGCAAGCCAAAGAUCAGUGUCUCUCAUUCAGGCCAAAAACCCUUUGGAGAGUGCUUUAGAAAGCAGAAUGCAGCCUACUCACAGUUUACUAAUGGUGAGUUCAACUCCACAGUGGAGGAGAGAUGGGCUGAGAGAAAGCAGGACAAAGCUAUUGCUGCUGUGCUCGCUAAGAGGGAGCUAACAGAGAAAUUUGAAGAUUUGUCUCCAGAAAUGAGCUUUAAGACAAAGAUGAUGGCGGGAUCCCCCUCUGCGCUCUCCUCUGCCGCUGCUCGGAGUGGAAGCUCCAACAGAGAGAUGUUCAUGAUGAGGGAGCAGGACACCACCGCCGUGUCCUCGAGGAAGCAAGAAGCAAAGUUUCAUGUACGAAUGGGGUUCCUUGGAGAUAAUCUGAUAAGCUCUUCCGAUAUUCUAGCUGAAGAGCGCCAGCUGUCUCAGGACCUCGUGCUGUCCUCCAAAAAGGAUCCGGAGUUUCGCUCCAUCUUUCAGCACGUCCAGAACGCUCAGUCACAAAGAAGUCCCUCUGAGCUGUUCGCUCAGCACAUUGUCACCAUCGUUCACCACGUCAAAACUCAGCACUUUCCGUCCUCUGGCUUGACUCUAAACGAGCGAUUCACCUUGUACCAAAGAGAAGCUGCAGAGCAGGAAACGAAGAAGUCCAGAAAAAGCCCAGAGAUACACAGGAGAAUUGAUGUUUCACCAAGUGCUUUUAAGAAACCCCCUCAGCUUUUUGGGGGCGCGAAAAGCUCAGAGGAAGGCACUUACAAGAGCGCUGGGGAAAAAGUAAAAGGCGACGCAAUGGAUCUACGUUUGGAUAUCGAGCGUCGGAAAAAGUAUUCUUGCUUCCAAAACCAGAAUCAAGAAAUAGACGUUGGAGACUCUCCGGAUUUCAGCAGCGAGCUGUGUGAACAAAACCUCUCCAAAUACUGCAACAAAUCAAAUGAUCAGAAGCGAAGACGCUCCAGCUCAUCCUCCUCUUCCUCUUCCUCUAAAUCUCAAAAACUUGAAACUCAAGACAAGUCUGAGUUAAAAGAUGAAGAAUUUCACAAGACGAAGCCGUGCCAAAGAGAGUCCACAGUUCCAGCUCAAGGAGGACGGCCUCUGGGAGAUUUUCAAAUACAAAUAUGUGGAAGAAGCUGGAACAAAAGCAGUUUUCAGGAAAACACUUCCUACAGCAGUUCUAUGAAUAGUGCACACCCAGAGAGUAAAGGCUGGGAUCCAGAGUUUACUCCAAAGAACAGGAAGUACUACUUGCACGAUGACAGAGAUGAAGAGUCCAAGUGGACAGACAAGAGAGAGCCAGGACAGGGGAACCAGUCCCUUGGGAGAGCACGAUUCAUCAUCCGCAAAGCCACUGGAGGAGCCAGCAAGACCAGCCUUAAGUGGCCGUUUGAGAAGUUCCAGGCCAACGGGGACACGAGUGGAAAGAAAGGAGAGGAAGCAGAUCAGGAUCACAGAGAGGAAGAGAAGUGAGGGAAGCCGUGAAGGCGUCUGGUGAAACUGCUGCCAGCCCCGUGUGUCGUUGAAGGAAAUCAUGAACUGACCACAACGGAACGAUCAAUGGAAAUGAAAAUGCUUUAUUAGUUCAGUUUCACAGUAAGCUGACCUCAACAUAUCUCCAUAGUUAUUCUUGACUCAUAAGAACACUGUUCUUAAGCGUUUCUUGUGGCAGUUUAAAUAGGUUUUUUUUUUCUUUCUUUUUGGUUUUCUGAUGUGAAUAUUUUUGUUUUUGUGAAAUAUUAUGUUUUUUCGUGAUGUGAUGAAAAAAAAUCUUUAAAUAUUUUCAUGGCUAAUGACUAAAACAACAUUUAUAAAGUCAAGUUGUACCUUUCGUCAGGUCAAAGUAAAUUAUGAAACUAGAUUAUUUGUUUUUUAAACUUUACAAAGCAGUUUUUUUUUAAAUCUGGAAAACAGUGUCAUCCCUAACACACCCUGAUUUGACACUGGGACCAAACCUUGCAGGGUCAAAGGUUACACUGUUGUCAUUCAUUACACACUAUAAAACUGUUUCACAACAGCUAGAAAUAUAAUGCAACUUUAUACUCCCAUUAUCGCAGGAUGUUUAGCAAACUCAUGAGUAACGUGGCUUCUUCUUGAUCAUACAUGGAACUAGUUUGUGUAAAAUAUGUCUGAUUGUGCCUUAAAAUUCUGGAGUUUGGCUUUGAUUGUGGUGAAGGGUUUGGAUGCAUUUUUUUCUCCUGCACGUUUGCUAACUUUUAAGCAAAUUAUCAGUUGUAUAAUCAGUUUUAUGAAGGAAUAAAAAAUAUUUGUAGAAACAAAGAAUAAAAUGUAAAACAAAUAUGCUUUUUUUGGUCUAGAAUGUGUUUUAAUUGUACCUCUGGUGUGCCUUAUUGCAGAGGUCUUACUUGAAGAAUACAGGCCAGCAGAUUCCCAUUUAUUGUGAAAAGAUGACUUUAGGGAAUUUUUCUGUUUUUCAGUUGUCACUGUUUUCUUGUUUCUUUUUAGGCUGUAAAUUAAAGAGACAAUGGCUAUGUGAAUGAUCA